UGCUCAGACAGCGCACUGUCCAUUGCGUUGUGUUGUAGCGUUUAAUUGAUUCAGCGGGGCGGUUUGUGUUGCCGUUGAAUCGCUAUUGUUUGUAUGUAUCGUGAAUAUACUUUGUAGUCGACGCUAACUUAUUUCAACAUGGAGUCCGGAGAGGCCAACGAGGGGGAGAAGGGAGGCUCUCUGUCGGCGGCGCAGAGGAGGGCAGAGAUCCGGAGGAGAAAGCUGCUCAUGAAUUCAGAGGACAGGAUGAACAGAAUCGUGGGCUUCGCUAAAAACGAGUCUGAAAACAACGCCGGAGCGCUCCGGCGUCCGACAGAACCCCGCUUUCACCUCGACCUUGACAGGACGGAGCCAUGGUCGUCGUCCUCAUCCUCCCCGAGACCAUCUCCCUUCAUGUCAGAGGCCUCAGCGCUCGGCAGCCGCUCCCACAGUGCCACCCCAGAGAGGAGGGGCUCACCCCUGCCAGACUGCAGUGAGCCACUCGGAGGCUCUCUGGGAAGCUCUUUGGACGACGACAUGGGAGGGAUCCGACCGAGACCAAGGGGGGAGCGGGCAUCAGACGACAUCAGCGGUUCCCCACGUCGAGGCCUCCAGAAGUACCUGUCACGUUUUGAUGACGCCAUGAAACUGCGGGGUCAGCUGGCCAGUGAGAAGCCGGCUCAGGACGGAGGGUCUGACUCAGAGGAUUUUGAUCCCUUCAGAAUCUUCCGACUCAUUGGCAGCAUCCUCCUGGCUGUUUUUGUUCGGAUUUUUGUCUGCAAGUUUCUGUCGAUAUUUGCUCCAUUUCUGACCCUCGAACUGGCCUACAUGGGGUUGUCCAAAUACUUUCCAAAGGUAGAGAAGAAGGCCCAGACCACUGUGCUGACCGCUGCCCUGUUGCUGUCCGGCAUCCCCGCUGAGGUCAUCAACCGCUCCAUGGACACCUACAGGAGGAUGGGGGACGUCUUCGCCGACCUCUGCGUUUACUUCUUCACCUUUAUCCUCUCGCACGAGAUCCUGACGCUCAUUGGCUCAGAGACUCCCUGAUGGACCCUGAUGGAGGUUCACCCCACCCCCCUUCUUGUUUUCCCCUCCCUCUGUCCCCCAUAGCAACAAGGCUUGGUCGUAUUUGUCGGCUGACAUGUUUGUUGUUGACAGUCUGGAAACGAGUCCUCGCUGCCUUAUGAUCAGGGUCGCGCGUCAGCUUCAGGAUUCCACUAAUGCUAAGCUACAUGUGACCACAGAGUCCAGUGUUUGUUACAGAUCUCCAAGUCAUUUUUGCUCUGGACUGAACCUGAGACACAGAAAGGCUUUGAAGAAUGUACAGUGGCAUUUAUCGUGCUGAAUGAUAUUUAUUUGUCAGGUCGAGCACAGAAAAUGGAAAAUGUUAUACUCAAGAGCGAACACCAGUUUCAGUUCAUCAUCAGUCUGGCAGCCACAGAUUCCAUUUAACUCGUGAAUGGGAAACACUGGAGUUCCUCAGUUUCUGAAACCGACAUAACAUCAUUAACUUAAAAAUUCUGAUAUUGAUGCGUAUGCAAGUGUUUACCAAAUCAUACAAAAUAGUCAAAAACAAUCUGGUGUUCAAUGCAAUGAACUGUCUUCCAGUGUUGUGCAUUACGUCAGAAAAACCCUUCACAUGCGUAAAACAGGACCUUUAAAGAGUAACUCUCAGUGUUCUGCUGCCCUCUCUGGUUGAACAUUUAACGUGUGUCGCACCUGUCACCACACCCAGUAGUGACAUCACAGCGUACUCAUGCUGCAAUCCAUUGCAAGUCAAGCGUUACUAAGUCCAACUCAGUAUUCCCGACUUCCCAUGUGCCUUCACAAGCAUCUACAGAAGACAAACCACAGCGCCACUAGCAAAGACAAACAGUGUAUGAAAUAAGUCAACAGUCUCGCUCUUCUUUGCUCAUUAAAAUAGCAUAGAGUCGAGCUAAUUGUGUGAACCACAGCCAAUAGCAUAAAACUGUUUUGUGAAGAUGGAGAUGGAGAUACAUUUGCCUUCAGAGACUUCGGCGAAGAACAGUCAACUUAAUGGAAAUGGAAAUGGCAGCUGCAUUGAUGUUACAGCGGAUUCACAACAGUAAAAACACUUACUGAAAACACUACAAAAAGUAAAAUAAAUGAUAAAGAUGUCAUUCCUUUAGGUUCACUAUGUGCUCUGCCAUUGUGCUGCGACGUCAGGUUUGUUUAUGUUGGCGAACUUGGUCUAGAUGAAAAAGUUUCCGACUUAUAAUUCCGACUUGAAUGGCCGCUCCAUUGCACUUUUCAUUGUCGGAGGCUGUUUUUUAUCAAGUUCCGCGUACAAUGGAUUGCAGCAUAUCACAUCCUGAGUGCACCUCUAUACCACUGCAGCAAGGUGAGAAGUUAAACCAAUAGAGGGCGGCAAAAACAUCUUUUCAGCUGCUGUUAAGUUGUACUUCAAAAACUCAAACUGUUUGAAUGAACCCAUUAAUUUAAAGUGAGAUUAUGUAACUUUUGCUAAACAGCGGCCUCUAUGGCUACAAGCGGCAAUUACAGGAGCAUGGUCUAUGCUAAAAUGUAGUGCAGCAGUAGCACAGGUUAAGGAAUAAAUAAGUUAGGGAACUGAUUUGGUAAUACCUGUUGUAAAAUGAGCCACAAUAAGACUGCAGAACCCCUCAGUUUGCUUUAUAAUAUAUGAAGUCAGCUUUUCAUUUGUGAGAAAAUGAAUGUGUUAUUUAUUCUUUAAAAAUUACAUAGUCUUGCUUUAAAGAACAGAUUUACUGUAAGCUGCCCUGAGUCCUUCUCUAUCCUAAUAAUCUCCAAAGAUGUUGCAUAACUGGGCGGGGUGUCAUAUUCUCAGCUAAUACGCAGCACACUCCUCAGCAGGCUUUGGAGGUAGUUGAUGUCCUAACUAGUAUAUACAGCACUAUGAGUAAGUUUUUCCUGUAAGUCAGCCUUGCAGUGCAUCAGACAAGGUUGAGGUCAGUGCAUUUUCAGGUCAUGCUAUUUCAAAACCUUAAUCUAACCUUCAUGUAACUGAUAGCCUGCCAGAUAAAGGCAACCUUUUAAGCAUACUCAUUAAUAAAGAAAAAAAAAUCCACUUCUUUAUUGAAAUGUUAGUAAACUGAGGACAACUUUGGAGUGAAGGGGUUUGGCUGGAGCUCUCGUUCCGUUAUGAUUGAUAGUCGAUGACUGAUUAGAGCAGAAAGCUUAAGACGGAUUAUCAUCAGGACUGACAGAGGCAGGUGGUUUCUUUUUUCCCCCUCGUACAUAAUAUCAUCGUCUCUGCACCUCAAGCGGCAGACGACCUUGAGGCUUUGCAGUUGCGUCCCAAAUGGCAAUCAUCACGAAGGUCCAACAAAAAGUUUCCUUUGAAAAGUGUUUACAUGGAAGUUUAACACCAUUUUUUAAAAAAAACGUGAGAUUAGUUUCUGACUUUAUUCUCAGGAUUCUGACUUAAAUCUGUGAAUCAUUUCUUCUUUUUGCAUGAAUUCUAUGAUAAAACUCAAGAGAUUUGACUUUUUUUUUUUUCUCCACAUAUGGCCCUCCUCUCUGCCAUGUAAACAUAAACUAGCAAGAAAAGUAGAGUACUCCUUUUUUUUCGAGAUCGCCAAGUUAUUUUUAGGUCACAAAACAUGAGGAACAGUUACACACAUGAACCUGCAGCCGUAGUUUAAAUACUUAAUAGUAUCCAGCUCCUGAUGAUUUUAAGUGUCUUAAAGGAAUACUUCACCAACACAUUGACCCUGUGUAUAUCAGUUAUUCUUGCUGUGUUACCUUCAAUUCUUGAAGAAAACCUGAAUUUCCUCUCACGCCUCCACAGAAAACAGCGAAGAUAUUUAUUGAUUGAUUGGUGUCCACGUUUAACAGCAGCAAAACUAUAUAUCAAAACAGUGGUUCACAAACUCUCACACAGCUCCUGCAGUAUAAUCUAAGUCUGUAACUAAUCUAUGGCCAUAUUGUGGGUGACGUAUUCCUUUAAGAACCUGAACUCUUGUUUAAUUGGUGGAUUCAAAUCGUGUGUUUGUGUUGCGACAGAUUUCCUCAUAGGCAUGCUUUAAGUCCUAUCUUCUUUUGCGAUCUGUCAUCCAGUGUUCAGAAGGGUCCACCCAUGUUAUGAUCACGUUUUCCUCCUUAGUUCUCAGCUGUGAGAAGAAGCAUUUAGUCCUUGAAUGUGGAGUGUAUUAUUUUGCACGGCUGUGAGCUUAAAAACGCAGUAAACUUCAUACAGUGUAACAGAACGUGUGUUAGACAAGAGCGUCUUGGCUUUUACUGGAAAGUGCUGUCGCUGCAAAUAUAUGUGGGACAGUGGGAGUUUGUGCGCUUAUUUGUGUUGAGUAAUUCUGGUGAUGUGUCCCGCUUUGCUUUGUUUGGAGCCACAUCCAUAAAUCCUUCAUAUACUGUAUACUCUCUACUUCUGUGCUGUAAUGUCCUCUCUCCAUACUUUUGAUUUCAUCCAAAUUAAUUUAUUAAUGUGAAUUUCUUGUUUUCAUGUAAAUAAUUUGGUGAUUUAUCCUACGACUUGUCUGACCUACUUGAUUGUUUUUGAUAACGUUUACAGAAUAACUGUUUAUAAUGGCUCUUACAGUGUCUUACUUCAGUAACAAAGUCAGUGUUGACAUGGUGUAAAAUCUCUGAUUAAAAACAUACAGGAAUGAAAAAACUGACAAUUCAUACCAAAUAAAUACUACUUGUGUGA